UUAGUAACAGCAGUCCAGAAGCCAUGCCGAGCCAAGCGGAGCAGUGGAUCCGCACUUCGAUGCGCACACCGGGCAUUUUUAUCUUCGGAAUGGUCCUUGCCCCUUGCGGCUGGAUCCUAAACCUCACAGCGACAGUGGCUCCCAACUGGAGAACCAUCAACACUAUCGCCUUACUGCCGGUUGAUACGUUCCUACAACAAGGCAUCUGGGACAUAUGCAAGGUGUCCGACUCAUCCCGAGUAAACCAAUGUAGCCAAAAGGACGAAGCGUACUUCAACAACCAGAUUAUAGUGGUCGCCCAGGGCUUGAUGGUAGCGUCUCUGAUAUUGACUCUGAUCGGGCUGGCCACGGCAACCCCCGGGGUAAGGUGCUGGAGAGACCGCCCGAACUGGACAGUAGCCGGGCUGGGGGGAAUGCUAAUCUUUCUGUCUGGAGUCUUGACGAUCAUCCCUAUUGCAUGGUACACUCACAUCCUCAAGGACAUCGCCGCAUCCAGCACCGACAUUCGCGUCGGCUACUGUAUUAUUUUGGGAUACAUCGGGGGCAUCUUCGAGCUACUGGGCGGCUUGGUCAUGUUCAUUGGGAUAUGUCGUUGCUGUGGCGGUAAGAACCGCGGAGAGACGCGAGUCUCGGAGACCACAGCACACUUCAGAAACACCAAACCCCCAACGCGCCGCAUCGAGGUGCCGAGCAUAGCCCGAACCCGGAGUAGCGUUAGCAGCGUUCCCUACUCUAAAGACUCUAUGGAAGACGAGGCGGACUUCCCCCGGGCAAAGAGCACCUCGUACGGAGGAAGACGACCUGCUUAUGACGUUGAUCUGUGAGGACAUUAUGGUGAAGAGGGUCAGUUGCCAUUGAUAGGUGUGACAUGUAUUCUAUAGCACUACAUAGUAACGUUACAUAUCUACCAAUGAAGGACAUUUACCUCUACAUGUAGGCAUGUCGUUUUAACCAUAAAACUAGACCUAAUCUUGUUGUUUGGGUGAAUAUGAUAGUAAUAUAAAUUCAUUCACACAUAUGCCUAUGAUGUGGCC